UUUCGAACAAAAAUAUUUCCAUGUCUCUUGUCCCUUUUCUUGUUUGACAUUUCUGUUAUUGUUAUUAAACCCUUGUUAAAACAGAGCUCUUCAAAUAAAUUUAGUUUCUUAAUGACUAUAUAAGUUGCACCUUCAUCAAAAAUAUUUAUUGUAUAUCAAACACCACCCUGAUUUGUGCUAAUGUCUAAUAAUGUCUGAAAAGAAAGUUAAAAACUUGAAUAAGCAUGCAACUUUGGAAUGUAAAGAUUUGCACGCCUAUUUAAAAUCACGUCCUCCAGAAUUGCUAGAAAAGCUCUACAAUCAUCCUGCAAUUUGCUUAGCUGUUUAUAGGGAACUGCCUGAAUUAGCUAGACAAUAUGUUAUACGAAUAUUAUUUGUAGAACAACCUGUUCCACAAGCUGUUGUUGCAUCGUGGGGAACCCAAGCUUAUUCUAAAGAACAUUUGGGUGUAAGUGAUGCUCUAUCAGAACUUAAUGUUUGGAAAAUUGUCUCAAUACCAGGAGGUCUCAAGGCAUGGGAGUUAACACCUACAUUUAAACGUAACUUAAAAAUUGCUUUAUUAGGAGGUGGCAGACCAUGGUGCAUGUCCUCCCUAGAUGCAGAUAAUAAAGCACGAGAUACAGCAUUUUUGGAUGCUUAUUGUAUGCAAAGAUGGGAAUGCCUUUUACAUUAUAUGGUGGGUUCAAACCAAACUGAAGGUAUAUCAGCAGAUGCUGUUCGAAUAUUGUUGCAUGCAGGUCUUAUGAAAAGAGAUGAAGAAGAUGGUGCAGCUGUAAUAUCAAGAUUAGGUUUUCAAUUUUUGCUUCUAGACACUCCAAGCCAAGUUUGGCACUUCAUGCUCAAAUAUUUAGAUUCUGCUGAAUCAAAAGGCUUAUGUUUAAUAGAAUGCUUAGGACUUCUAUUUCAAUUAUCCUUCAGCACACUGGGAAGAGAUUACAGUACUGAGGGCCUUUCUCAAGGAUUAUUGACAUUUUUGCAACAUUUACGUGAAUUUGGAUUGGUAUAUCAAAGAAAGAGAAAAGCUGGAAGAUUUUAUCCAACACGUUUGGCAAUUAACUUGACAGCUCAUCGAACAGGUACAACAGACUCAUUAAAUGUAGUUCAAUCAAGUGCUAAUGAGCAAAAGUCGAGCUCAAAUGAAAAGGAAUCUCAACAACGAACUGGAUAUAUAAUUGUAGAAACAAACUACAGAGUGUAUGCCUAUACUAAUAGUUCCUUACAAGUCGCUUUGUUAGGAUUGUUUACAGAAUUACUUUAUAGGUUUCCUAAUCUAGUUGUGGGCGUCCUAACAAGAGACUCUGUUCGUCAAGCACUGAGAGGGGGCAUAACAGCAGAUCAGAUAAUCAGCUAUCUUGAACUGCAUUCUCAUCCAUCGAUGAUGCAUGAAUCAGCAAUUAACAAUAAUUCUGCAUUACCCGCUACUGUUAUUGAUCAAAUUAGAUUGUGGGAGAAUGAAAGGAAUAGGUUUACAUAUACAGAAGGCGUGGUUUACAAUCAAUUUUUAUCUCAGGUGGAUUAUAGUGCUUUAAAAGAUUAUGCUCAGCAAAUGGAUGUUCUUGUGUGGCAUAAUGACCGCACAAGAACUUGUGUUGUGACAAAAGAGGGACAUGAGCCUGUAAAAAAAUUCUGGAAACGUUAUUCAAAAGCCGGCAGCUAACUGAUAUAAUGCAUCAUUAUAAUUAUAUUAUUUAUUAUA